AUGAUGGUUGUAAUGGUGGACCAAACUAACUUGGCCUCCCUCAGACUUAAAUUACAUACAAGGUACUUUCUGAAUUUUCUGGAGCCGGUUAACAAUAUCACCAUAGUCCAAGGCCAGACAGCGAUUCUUCACUGCAAGGUGGCCGGAAACCCGCCGCCCAGCGUGCGGUGGCUGAAGAACGACGCCCCGGUCGUGCAGGAGCCCCGGCGCAUCAUCAUCCGCAAGACGGAAUACGGUUCUCGGCUGCGGAUCCAGGACCUGGACACGACGGACACCGGCUACUACCAGUGCGUGGCCACCAAUGGGGUGAAGACCAUCACCGCCACUGGCGUCCUGUUCGUGCGGCUCGGUCCAACACACAGCCCAAAUCAUAACUUUCAAGACGACUACCAUGAGGAUGGAUUCUGCCAGCCUUAUCGGGGAAUCGCCUGUGCACGUUUCAUUGGGAACCGGACCAUUUAUGUGGACUCUCUCCAGAUGCAGGGGGAGAUUGAAAACCGAAUCACAGCUGCCUUCACCAUGAUCGGCACCUCCACGCACCUGUCGGACCAGUGCUCGCAGUUCGCCAUCCCGUCCUUCUGCCACUUCGUGUUCCCGCUGUGCGACGCGCGCUCCCGGGCGCCCAAGCCGCGCGAGCUGUGCCGGGAUGAGUGCGAGGUGCUGGAGAGCGACCUAUGCCGCCAGGAGUACACGAUUGCGCGCUCCAACCCGCUCAUCCUCAUGCGGCUGCAGCUGCCCAAGUGCGAGGCAUUGCCCAUGCCCGAGAGCCCGGACGCCGCCAACUGCAUGCGCAUCGGCAUCCCAGCCGAGAGGCUGGGCCGCUACCAUCAGUGCUACAACGGCUCAGGCACGGAUUACAGAGGGACGGCAAGCACCACCAAGUCGGGACACCAGUGCCAGCCGUGGGCCCUGCAGCAUCCCCACAGCCACCACCUGACCAGCGCCGACUUCCCCGAGCUCGGAGGAGGGCACGCCUACUGCCGGAACCCUGGAGGGCAGAUGGAAGGCCCCUGGUGCUUCACGCAGAAUAAAAACGUACGCAUGGAACUGUGUGACGUACCCUCUUGUAGCCCCCAAGACAGCAGCAGGAUGGGAAUUCUGUACAUCUUGGUUCCGAGCAUCGCCAUUCCCCUGGUCAUCGCAUGCCUUUUCUUCUUGGUCUGCAUGUGCCGGAAUAAACAGAAGGCUUCUUCCUCCACGCCCCAGAGGCGGCAGCUGAUGGCCUCACCCAGCCAGGACGUGGAAAUGCCUCUCAUCAACCAGCACAAGCAGGCCAAACUCAAGGAGAUCAGCUUGUCCACGGUGAGGUUCAUGGAGGAGCUCGGGGAGGACCGGUUCGGCAAGGUCUACAAAGGGCAUCUGUUCGGCCCGGUGCCGGGCGAGCAGACCCAGGCCGUGGCCAUCAAGACGCUGAAGGACAAAGCGGAGGGGCCACUCCGGGAGGAGUUCCGGCACGAGGCCCUGCUGCGGGCACGGCUGCAGCACCCCAAUAUUGUCUGCCUGCUGGGCGUGGUGACCAAGGACCAGCCCCUCAGCAUGAUCUUCAGCUACUGCUCGCACGGCGACCUGCACGAGUUCCUGGUCAUGCGCUCACCGCACUCGGACGUGGGCAGCACAGACGACGACCGCACGGUGAAGUCUGCCCUGGAGCCCCCCGACUUUGUGCACGUGGUGGCGCAGAUCGCCGCGGGCAUGGAGUACCUGUCCAGCCACCACGUGGUCCACAAGGACCUGGCCACCCGCAACGUCCUCGUGUAUGACAAGCUGACCGUGAAGAUCUCGGACUUGGGGCUUUUCCGCGAAGUGUACUCGGCCGACUACUACAAGCUGACGGGGAGCGCGCUGCUGCCCAUCCGCUGGAUGUCUCCUGAGGCCAUCAUGUACGGCAAAUUCUCUGUGGACUCGGACAUCUGGUCCUAUGGCGUGGUCCUGUGGGAGGUGUUCAGCUACGGCCUGCAGCCCUACUGCGGCCACUCCAACCAGGACGUGGUGGAGAUGGUCCGGAGCCGGCAGGUGCUGCCCUGCCCCGACGACUGCCCCGCCUGGGUGUACGCGCUGAUGAUCGAGUGCUGGCACGAGUUCCCGAGCCGGCGGCCCCGCUUCAAGGACAUCCACAGCCGGCUGCGGGCCUGGGGCAACCUGUCUACCUACAACAGCUCGGGCCAGACCUCAGGCGCCAGCAACGUCACGCAGACCAGCUCCUUGAGCACCAGCCCCGUCAGCAACGUCAGCAACACCCGCUACGGGGGCCCCAAGCAGAAGACCCAGCCCUUCCCGCAGCCCCAGUUCAUCCCCAUGAAGGGCCAGAUCAGACCCAUGGUACCCCCUCCCCAGCUCUACAUCCCCGUCAAUGGGUACCAGCCCGUGCCGGCCUACGGGGCCUACCUGCCCAACUUUUACCCAGUCCAGAUCCCGAUGCAGAUGGCCCCGCAGCAGGUACCCGCCCAGAUGGUGCCCAAGCCUGGCUCCCACCACAGUGGCAGUGGCUCCACCAGCACGGGGUACGUCACCACCGCGCCCUCCAACACCUCCGUGGCAGACAGGGCAGCCCUGCUCUCGGAGGGCACUGAGGACACGCAGAAUGUCCCGGAAGACGUGGCCCAGAGCCCCGUGCAGGAAGCAGAGGAGGAGGAGGACGGCUCCGUCCCCGAGACUGAGCUGCUGGGAGACAAUGACACCCUGCAGAUGGACGAGUCUGAGGUCCAGCUGGAAGCCUGA